AUAGGUUUAUAAGCCAUAGUUUUUUCUCAGUGUGAGGAGGUACCUGCGGCGCCACGAAUUGGACCCCCGCUGGGCGGAGGUGUACCCCCGCUGGGUCCUCCAGCACCUCCUCGAUCACGGAUACUACACCGUCAACAAUACGGUCGACACCGCCGCCGCAGUGGAGAUCAGAGUGACCAACCGCGAGAGGGCGUUGCAGCUUAGGAACGCGCUGUACACGCGGACUUUCUUGAAGCGAAGGUAUUGGACCGCACUGGGGGGAGAAAGACAGGAAAAACCAGGCGAAAUAAUUAGAAAGAUACCAAAUCACGGAUGGUGAGAUGGAAGCGUACGUGACGGCCCUCGCACGGCUGACCCAGGACCGGCGCGACCUCUUCGUGGAGUUCAUGAACGUGACGAGGAGCCUCCUCGGGAAACCCUCCGUGAAGCUGGAGAAAGACAUGUUCCUCAUCCUCUACCACGCAAUCACCAGCCACGAGGAGCGGGUGUUCCAACGCUGGGGCGGCCAGAAGCGGGUCUACAAAGCCUUCUCCAGGAAGAGGUUGAAAGCCAUCGAGGUGAACGGAUCCGACAAGGAGCGAGGCUGGGCGUUCCGCACCUUUUCCCGGCUCAAGUGGUCUCGCGCGAGACCGAAACGGGAAAUGAUACCCGAAGGGGCGUUUACGGUCCUCGAUAUCUACGUCGUGACGAAAGAUAGGGUAGGGAUCGUUCUGGAGUUGAAAUACGACAAGACAACUGCGUUCCGGGCCCUCGAACAGAUCGUAGACUCACAGUACUACAAGAUCUUCUCCGAGAAGCCGCACUUACCGUGGGCGCUGAGGAGUCAAGUCUACAUCGGGAUGCGCUAUCAACCCAAAACACGUGGACUCUCCCUGAGCUACUUGUAUGAUUCUAGGAGUCUGAGUAAAGCUGUCAAUAUUACGACGGUUAUACCUAAGCCGAUGUCGCUUGAAAAGCAAUUAAGAGCGCAGAAAAAGACGAAACCCACCCGGGCUGUUGGGCCGCGGGAGAGGAAAAACACGGUGAGGGCAAAACCUGCGGUUGUCACGCUGAGACCAUCCACUUCCGCCGAUAGAAAGGUUAUGUCACUGAUUGGCAGGAUUGUGUCGAAGCUCAACGUUUUUAGAAGCAGGACCACGGUCACAGCCUUAGUUGCUACUUCCUUUGUGACGCAAGACUCAAUCACGGUUGAGCCGAAGAGACGCCGUCUUGCACAAAACACCGGCCAACAAACUUCACCCAAAACCGGCAUCAGUGUGGAUAGCUCAAAAAUUACGACAGAAAACAUAGUUAGAAAGAAAAGUCCAGAGGAUAAAAUAAAUCGAAUACAUUGUUAGUCGCGAUUAAAAAAACGAGAAGGCGUGUAGCUCGUGCAACCAAGUUCAUGGAAAGCUAUCAUCGGAAAUGAUAGAUGGUUCGAAAGAACGGCAGGAAACAUAGUUGGAAAGUCAUGGCUUAGGGAAAUAUAGGCAAUCAAAGGCAUUCUCAAGCACAGUGGACGUAUUUAUGCUAAAUGGAACUAUGUGCAAGCGGAAAGAUGGGGUGUGCUAGUUAGUUAAGGGCCAUAAGAAUGAAUGAGGAUUUUAAAGCGCCAGUGACGUCAACGGCAACGAGCCCGUCCACGUCGUCGUUCUCGGUCGUCCUUUACGCAUGAGCCCUGCUCACAACGCUUUUGUCGCAUGUCCACGGCUUAAGAGUUAGCGCUCAGUUCCUUUUGAUUUAAUGUCCAAUCCCGCUUUUCAAUUUUCUCAAAAGGAACUAUAUCCACUUUUACGUUGUUUCUUAUGCAGCUUCCACGAACACACCCCAUCUUUCCACUUGCACUUAGUUCCUUUUCGCAUAAAUACAUCCAGUUGACAAAUUGAGUAAGUGUGUAGCCCGAAGGAAGAUCCAAAAACGUGGAACUAAUGAAAAAUACGGUAGAAAACACGGAUGUAAAUGUGGAAUCGGGAAGGUCGUAGAAAUUGGUAAGAUAGAUUUUUUUCCACCUAAGGUAACAGGUUGUUGCUAAGUUAAAACAAGGAAAGAUCCAAAACCGUUACAACGGCUGCUUUGCGACAGCUUCACAGGCGACGCUUGCUGCGAGGCAAUAGUGAUGAAGCCAUUCCCUCAUGUGCUGGUUACACGCUCAAUUCCCAUCAAUUUCCAAUCAAAUGGUGACUGGUGCGCACCAUCUACUAUCAAAUUUCUGCGGCCUGCACAAAUUUGAUGGUAGAUGAUGGAACU